AAUAAUGAAAGAUCCUUUAACCCAUUGAUAAUCUAGAAGAACAAGGUGUUACAAACACAAUCGUCCAUUGUCCAAUCAAAAUGGAAAACAUGUCCCUUACCUUUCCUAGGCAAUUGUCGGAUUCAAGGCUAGGAGAAAAACACGAAACUUUGGAUGAUUUCCAUCGAUGUACAUCCAGAACCAAUGUUCAAGAAUCGAAGGAAUACACGCUGGUUGUGGUAACUGAAACAUUUCCGAAAGCAGAAACACAAGCACCUACAACAAACGACAAAAUAGACAAAGAGAUUCCCCAACCAACCAUCUCGUCUCAAGCAGAGAAUACACGAAUCCUUUUGGGUAUGAAAAAUCGGGGCUUUGGUUGUGGAUACUAUAACUCGUUUGGAGGAAAAUUUCUCAACGACGAGGAAACUGCAGAGGCAUGUGCUUGCCGAGAAUUGGAAGAAGAAACCAAUCUCAAGGUGGGUUUGGACGAGAUGGCAAAGUCGAAAGUUGGGAUACAACGUUACACCUUUGAAAAUCACCCUACGGAAAUGGUCAUGCAUGUCUUUUGGAUACAUUUGGAGGAAACUUUGGCAUAUAAAGGUGGCUGUCACGAUGUGAGAGAGUGCGACGAAAUUACACCAAUGUGGUUUGAUAACAUCAACGCGAUUCCUUUCGAUAACAUGUUUGCAGAUGAUUCGUUGUGGCUAACGACGCUGUUAUCUUCGCCUUUGCCCAUUGAAAUAAAUGGGUCUUAUCAUUUUCAAGAAAAUUGUCAAGACACCAACACUAUUUUGCAUUACCACAUGGACGUUCAAAAGAAGAAACCAAAGUUUUCGAUGGAGCAGAGACUUUUUCACACUCUACACAAGAACCACAGUAACCUACUUUCAAUCAAAGAAUUUAAAGAAUGCUACGCCUUUUGCAACGGUGUUCGUACAACCUUUGGCAGGAACAAAAAUAAAAAAAUUAGCUUUGACAUUGUGAUUGAUGUGGCGGGAGGUCAUGGAGCUCUGGGUGCUCUGUUUUUGAUUUGUACUUCGGCUUCUAAAGCAAUAGUACUAGAUCCUGCAAAUGUUGGCGGCGGGAGAAUUCAGCAAGCGUGGGGGAAAUUUAUGGGCCAGGACAAGCAAUUGAGUUAUCGACGAGAGUGUCUUAGAACAGGUUUGCCAGACGAGCUCAAACAAGCAUUGCAGAUGACAACUCGAUACCGGAUCCUCGUCGUAGCGUGCCAUGCUUGCCAACACUUAUCGGAAGAAAUUCUAGAAAUCGCUUGUCGUUUUGGUGUUCAUGCUGCUGUAAUGCCUUGUUGUCAAAAGGAUCGCUCCGUUGGUUCAACAUGGAAGGCUGCCAGCAAAAAUUUAUCAAUUCCUGUAGCCAAGAUGAUGGACAUUUUACAAUGCGGGAAGAUGAUGGCUUUGGGGUCACACAACGUUCGCUUGAAAUGCAUCGAUUCUAAAAUCACACCUCAAAAUAGAAUCAUAGGUAAGUUUCGUAGUUCGUUGUGCUUUCUAGCUCACAUUUCUGAUAUUGAAUUCUUUGCACUCAAUCAACAACACGCAUGGGGUUUCUCUCAACUCAGUUUGCAGAGCUCUCGACGAGAAUGAAAUAAUCGAAUCUCGUCGCCAUUCACAAACUGAAGUGGACAGGGCACAUUCAAAAUUGGAACUAGUCUACCAAAAGGCGCAUACGGUGCCUGGUUCCGUACAUGAAUCGAAGAAAAUGCCGAACUUCAAAAAUUUCGCUGCGCAAUCUCCGGUGUGGUACAUGGCUGCUGGUUUCGUAGCUGGAUUUUUAGCUUCAUCUGUUCGAAAAAAAUAAAAUUUGCUUUCAUUUUGAUUUUGUUGAGGCGUCGCCUUUUAAUACUUUUCCUGGCCUUUAAGUACUACGCUCAAUCUAUUUCCAUUCAACGAAACAUCUUAUUCCCCUUCACCCCACUUUUAUCCCAAUCCACCUACUGCACCGAACAAAUGAAUAAAAUAUUGCGACACUAUCAUGCUGCUGGUAAAUACAAUGACUGAAGUAUCAUAUCUACAUCAUCAUCUUCAACUGAGCGAACAAGUACUUCUAUGGAACCUUCGCAACAGGCAUCAUUAUCAAGGAGUUUCGUAGCAUGGAUCGAUGUAACCUGUCGAUCAUCCUCGUAAAGAAUCCCGUUCAUCGAAUCAAAUACAAACUUUGUAAGGUUGUCCACAUCUGUACGGAUCGAUGAUAACUGAGAUGGAGCAUUCUUUUUCAAUCGGUCAGGACCAGGCCUACUAUUCACAAAAUGACUUUUCGGACGUUUCAUUCGAAAGAUUAUUGUUACCGCCAAGUGCUCAGUUGCGCCAAAGAAUGGGGUUUCAAUGGUUUGACCAUAUUUGUUCGAUAUUAAUUCUUCGAAAGCAUCAAGAAAGGAUCUCUGGUAUUUGAUAGAUGGGUUAUACAUAUGUCCUCUUGACGUACGAUGCCGUUGCAAAGGACGGGGAUGCCCACGAAUUUUGAAACGGAUACUUGAAAUUCGUCUUGCACUGCUUUCUUCUUUGUGGUCUCGGUAUGCGACCCCGAAAGCGUCCCGGCUGUCUUCAUCUAUCCAAUACCAUGGCUCACCCUUGCCUCUGUCGGGGAUUGAAGGUUGGCUACUUUUUGACUUCCGGUCGACAGCAUUCAUAGCAACGUACUUGAAAGAGGACGAAGCAACGGUAGCGAUAUCUUCACCCGCACCUUUCGAUUUUUUUUUUUUCGGCAAUAACAACGGCUCAUGACAUCUGAUAGUAGUGAACGCUGUCACCAGGUUUGUGGCAGAGUAACCUAAGGAGAGGAACAAAGGAAAUAUGGCUGUAGGCAACCGCAUCGUCGUUUAAUUUUCCGCCGAAUGGGAACGAAUUCAGGGAUCUGUUACAGGAUCGAUCGACGUUGAUCUCUUCGAUCUCCUCCGGUAAACGAAGCGUUCAAUCCAAGAUUGAAACGAAGUUCGACAGACACAAUACAGUAUGUCUAAUAAUCGUCGAGUAAUUAGUGUGAGGGGGUAAUCGUCUGGUAAUCAGGACGGGAGCCGUAGGAAAUGGAGCAACUAUCGCGCGUUUGCGCGCAUCUUGAAUAAUAAAUGACGCAUGUG